UGACCGGAAGUAAUUACACCGCAGCGAUCCUAGCGGCGGUUGUUCUAGUUGAAACUUCUUUCCCGAGGGAACCUCAUUUUUCGGCACACCGCAUUUCGGUAGCAUCGUAUUCCGAGAAAAUACGCAGUUAUGGGCGUGGAUGUCGAAGUUCUUUCGCCUGGGGACGGCCAAACCUAUCCUAAAACCGGGCAAACUGUUGUUGUUCAUUAUACAGGUACACUCGAUAAUGGCAAGAAAUUUGACUCCAGUAGGGAUCGUGGAAUUCCCUUCAAAUUUAAAAUUGGUAAAGGAGAAGUGAUCAAAGGUUGGGAUCAAGGUGUCGCUCAAAUGUGUGUUGGAGAACGAGCUAGGCUAACAUGUUCACCAGAUUUUGCCUAUGGUAGCAGAGGUCAUCCUGGGAUUAUUCCACCAAAUGCUGUUCUUAUCUUCGACGUUGAGCUGCUGAAGGUAGAGCCGUAAAAAAUAUCUGGUACACGUGGAACUAACAAAACAGAUUCAUCUCACACCUGACAAUUAAAGAAACGCUUUCAAUUUUAUUAUGUGACUAUGCUACGUUAAGUUAGAUAGUCACUACACAGAUGGCACAACGUUCAGAAUGAACUUAAUUCAAUCGCUCUAUAUCUAAUGUGAGGAAAUUUUGAACUGCACCAAGCAGGCAGGAUAAGAGCAGCAUAUUGAAACAGCUUCAGUUUUUCGUUACUUCAAGAAUUACAAACAUAUUGAUUUUAAAAACGAAAGCUUAGACGAGAUAACGUAUCAUGAAGCACUCGUAUGUUACGAUUUUGCUGCAAAACAGUACAAGAUCAUAGAAUUUGAAUCAUAGGAAUUCAUGUAAACUUAAUUUGUUUGUUGUGUUAAUCUUUCUUAAACACUGUAUUAUUGAAUGCUUAUACUGAAGUUUUCAUGUACGGAGCGGUUGAAUUAAAGCAAUAUUACAACUUGAUCUGUGUUCAUUCCAUUUACUUAGUAGUUGAUAGUAAUCUAUCUGUGUAUUUUGUACAGAAAUCCUGGCGAUAUGUAUGAAUAUGAUGUAAGAGAUUCGAUUCUGGAACGUGAAAUGAAAUAAACUGUGCUCAGUCUAAACCAAA